UUACCCUAUGUUAGAGAGUAGGUCACGUGGCUGGCAGGCCGGCUAUUUGUACAUUGAGCUGGCAAGCAGUUUUCAGUGGCUUAGUAAGUGAUUCAGUGACCAGAGCGAGCCAUCGUGAACUAAGCACGCAGGUUAACGGUUUUACCAGCGAGAAGUGAAGUUCUUAUCCUCGUCUUCAUCAAGGUGCGGAGCCCGGUUGACAUAACUAUUUAAUCUUUUGAUCGGAGAUUUGAAUGGUAAUACCGAGAGCGAUCUUCUCUCUGGAUUUUCAACUUUUUUGUCACUCCAAUACUCAACUGGUUCUCUUUCUCUGCUUGGUUUCUGAUUCAUCUAGGUUAAAGAGGCUAAGCAAAAGCGAUCCAAGAAGAGCAAGCCAAGAUGCCGAGAUCUUUUCUAGUGAAAAAGAAAAAGCUUCAAAAAUCAGCCAGCCCAGAGGACGAAAAAUCAUUCAGCAAUCAAGGUGAUUUAGUUUCAGGUUGUGUUGCAGGUGAAAAAGAAGUGACUUCUAACACUCGGAAUGAGGAUGAAGAACUUAAAGAGAAGUGUUCACAGGAAUUUCACCAAGAUGAAGAAAUUCUCCCAGCCAGUAAGACAGACAUGCAGGCGUUUUUUCGACGCCUAAAAGAUAGGUUAUUGAUCAAUGUUGUGAGUGAACAUGAAGUGGUUGAGGAGAAAGAAAUGAAUGGAUCGGAGAAAAAUGAUAAUAUGAGAUUAGGAUGCGAGAAAGGAUUUCAACAUGAAAUCAAUGAAGAACUACUUGAAGACUAUUUGCAGACAAAGAUACCUACUCAUUGUAGCGCAGAAGAGACAAAAGGACAGGAAAUGUUGAAUAAUACCAAUAAGUCGAAAACAGAAAGUACUGAAAAUGAGGGACAAUCACCGCCAUACAAUAUCAAAGCGAUCGAAAAGGAGUUCUCAAGAAGCUCUAUUAUUUCUGGACGAGCGGAAAGAUCGGGUCAAAGUUUAGGAUACGAUACCGUUGAUCCAUUAGAAAAAAAGAACGAUAGAAAAGAGAGUCAAAUUAGAUGCGAAGAAAAACCUCGCGAGGAAGGAAGAAUGCCUAAUAUUGUAUCUUCCAAGGCAAAUGACGUUUGUAAUGGAAGAAACAAUGAGAGGUUUGUUUACAAUUCCCGAGCUCUGAGAGAAGAACCGACGCCAUUAAUGUGUCGUGGUGACUAUGAAAUGGAAGAAAAAACAAAUGAUAACCUCGCUCACACUAGAAUGAAUGUCACUCAUGAUAACGAGAACCGUAGACAAAACGAAAUGACCUUUCAGAAUGAUUCUACUAAUACUUUUCCUUCUGCGAGUUUUAGCAAGCAAACUCAUGUAGGAACGCCCUGCGAAAAACGGAGUAUCUUUGAAGAUGAACUGGUGAAUCCAACAGGUGCGCACCCGCACCCAGCUUUGAAUAGAAACAUCGACCCGUUUUUUGGGAGCGCGAAUCCGGUCACAAGCCCUUAUUUUCAAGGGGUACAUCCUUUAAAUUCCCCAAUGUAUCCACCUACUCACCUUCCGGAAUUUCGUUCCAUGACGUCAUUGCCCACCGUGCCUCGCGGUGUCAAUGAAUCGGACUAUGUUCGCUAUCUUAUGUUUACAAAUGGUUCGAUCAAAGACCCUAUUAAGAGCUAUCCUUGGUACAACCAUGAUAGUGGUUUUGAAAGGACCCUAUGUCCUUCUACAUGGGACCCAUAUCUUGCACAUACAUUUGAUACCAAGCAUCAGCCAAUCAGAGGAGGGUUUAUAUCAGACGCUCAGAUUUACAAAGAAGGCAAAGAACACCCAGAAGGCCUUGCGGCCAGUCGCUACAAAUGCGGACUAUGCGGUGCGUCGUUCUCGCUACAAAGACUUCUAAACAGACACAUGAAGACUCAUUCUUUCUACAAACGUUACCACUGUCAAUUCUGUGGUAAGGGGUUUAACGAUACGUUUGAUCUUAAGCGUCACAUUCGCACACAUACUGGUAUAAAGCCGUUCAAGUGCAGUAAGUGCGAAAAGGCUUUCACUCAACGCUGUUCAUUGGAAGCGCACUUGACACGCGUGCAUGGCAUCGUACACAGGUUUGGCUUCCGCGAGAGGCGGGAAAAAAUGUACGUGUGCGAGGAUUGUGGGCUCACUUUUAAGGAGAACCAAUCAGAUUUCAGACAGCAUGUUGCUACGCAUCACCCAGAAACAGACAAAGUGUUGCGUUUGCGAAGAAAUGGAUUUCCGUCGUGAAACCACUCUACUUCUUUCAACCAUAAGAUAUCAAUGCUAGGUAUAUUUGUAUAGACAUAUUAGUGGUUAUUGACCCUGAUGAUCAGCCUGAACCGAUAAAUUUUGAAUUCAGUAACAAUAGACUACAUUUCGUAUCACUGUGAAACAACGUGACGUGACGUGCGGCACGGUUACGGCGCGGAACCCUUUCGACCAAUCACAGCGCGCGAGAUAAGUAUCCAUCCAAUCAACGUGCU